GUGUGUGUGUGUGUGUGUGUGUGUGUGUGUGUGUGUGUGUGUGUGUGUGUGUGAGAGAGAGAGAGAGUGUGUGUGUGUGUGUGUGUGUGAGAGAGAGAGAGAGUGUGUGUGUGUGUGUGUGAUGUUAAAAUCACUGGUUUUCUCUGUGGACUUUGGUGUGAGAGAGUGAGUGAUUCAUACAAACAUAUUUUAAAGUCAAAGUUCACUUCAGCAGGUUCCCAUUUCAUGAAGUGAGUGUUUUGUGCCAUGUCUUUGUGUCUUUGUGUCUUUGUGUCUUUGUGUCCCUGUUGGCAGCCGUGAUGUCAGUGAGAGCCAGGCCGUCUCCGUUCUUAGUGCAGGGACAAAAAAAACUGUCCCUUUGGACCGUCUCUGUGUGUCUUUUGUCCUGGGAGGAAGUUUCCACAAAAACACUGACUUGAGUCUCACAGAAGAAGCUUCUAAAAACACCGUGAACAUACCCAUGCUCUUUAUUUUUGUCCUUUUUCACAUUAAAGUUCAUCUGAUUGUGUCUCUGUUUCCUCUUUAAACUCAUGAAACUUCAUCACUUCUUCCCUUUUCGGUGGAACUUUGUCACCUUCAUGAAUAUUCAUCACCGCUUCUGUCUGAGCCAAUGAGAGCCCGAGGAACAGGACGACGCGUCAAGGUCGCCUCAUUGACACACCGGACGUGGAUUGUUCUCUUUCACAAUAAAGGUUCAGGGAGGAAAUGAAUGACGUAAAGACAAAAUGAAUGAAUGGGUGAAUAAGUGACGUGACACCUGAACAUUCAGUCACUUUCACACCUGUUUGAUGUGAGCGGAAGUGGCGCGGCUCAGUGUGUGCAGCUUUGUCCGCGGCAGACGGAGCAGAAGCAGCGGUUUGUUCUCGGCUCAGAUGAGAACAGACACAAGUGAAGUGUGAGCAGCAGCAGGAAGUUUGUUCACUCAAACUAAACAAAAAAACAGAAACAACUCAGAGUUUGUUCACGGAAACAGUGACGUGAUGAGCGGACAGUGACGAGGAGGAGGAGCUGUGUCCAUGUCUGUCCUCGUGUCUCCCCUCUCUCUGUCCCCUGAGGACACUGACAUUCAUCGGCAGAAGGUAGAGAAGUGAAGCGACGUCACUCAGGAGACACAGUGCAUGAUGGGAUCUUUCCGGCGGCCCAGGCCACGGUUCAUGAGUUCUCCGGUUCUGUCGGACCUCGCCCGGUUCCACGCCAGCUCACCGUCUCUUCAGAUCUCCAACACCAGCGUGUGGAACAGCGUCCAAUCAGCUGUGAUCAAGGUGUUCCAGGGCGGAGCUCUGCAGAACAACGAGCUGUACACGCUCAACGAGAGCAUCAGGUGGCUCCUUAAAACAGAGAUGGGCUCCUUCAUCACAGACUACUUCCAGAACCAGCUGCUGACCCGAGGUCUGUCUGAAGUCCUGGACCAGAUCGUCGUCCACUCUGGUGACGAACAGCUUGUUGUCCUUGCAGACUUGUGGGACAGAUUCUUUACAGAGACCCUCCCCACCCUGCAGGCCAUCUUCUACCCUGUCCAAGGUCAGGAGCUGACAGUCCGACAGAUGGCUCUCCUGGCCUUCAGAGACCUGGUGCUUUUGAAGCUCCACCUGGAGGAAACUCUGGGUGCUGCUGCUGCCUCCAUCCCUCCACCUGUUACACAGAUGCUGCUGGUGCUGCAGGGUGUCCAUGAGUCCAGCGUUCCCAGUCUGGAGUAUUAUCAGCUGGAGCGUCUGGUGUCCGUCGUCGUGGCUCCGUACGUCAGCAACACUCUGCACAACAACAACAACAACAACCAGCUGCUGUCAGACUCCCGACAUCUGCGGUCGUCAGGGUCGUUGCUAGGCAACCAGCCAGAGAUCACCGUCACUCAGCACCACGGCUCCUGCGACUCUUCGUCUCUAGCUCCGCUCGUGGAGCAGGAGGGUGAGGCCUACCUGGAGAAGGUUGGAGGCGUGCGGCGCCACACAGUGGCCAACGCCCACUCCGACGUGCGCUUGCUGUCGGUGUCCGGCAGGAUGCAUGCAGGGACCGACGGGGACGUCGAGGUGAAAGGCGGGGAGGGGGGUUUGGUGUAUUUGGUCGGGGGCAGGCCAGUGAGUCCCAGGCCUUUCUCCAGCCAACCAGACAUGGUGGAGUCUCCAAGGGGCGGAGCUAUGGACCUUCCUAACAGCUAGCUCUUGUGGAUCAGUGGGACAAAAGACAUGUGGAGAAUGAGACUCAACUUGCGUUAAAGCUGCGAGCAGCAUUGUCUCUCCUGUUUCGUACAGAUGUGUGAAUGUACGCCAAAGUUACAGGGCACUUCCUGUUUGGUGGCGAAUGGUUGAAAUUCGCCCUUUUGAUUCUUAGGAUAACUUUGAUGUGUCCAGUACAAGUUGACACGUUUUUAUAUGUUGGUACGAUUAUCGUGCUCAGACAAGUUCAUUCAUUUCAAUCGCCCAGAUGGACGUCCAAUUCAAAAUGGCCGACUUCCUGUUGAGGCCAUGGUACCAGUGCGGCAACACCAAACAUGUGACAUGGUUGGGGCUGGUUAUUUUGGUCCUAUUCCUAAAGGAAAUGCAAAAAAUAUGUACUGUACUGAACCGAACCGUUCCACUCGGUGGAUCCUGUGUUCUCUUGAUGUUAAAAUCACUGAUUUUCUCGAUGGACUAACUGGUGUGGGAGAGUGAGCGGUUUACAAAGCUGCACAAACUGCAUCUUUCAGCCAGAAAUGUCCAUCUAAAACUGACAUAAAGUCACGCACAUAUUGUGGACUUGAUUUAAUUAUAGAUUUUAUGAGGCGAGUCUUUUGUUCAAUGGCUAAAACCCGUUUUUUUCCCUCGUGUCUUCAGUGACAGUGAGUCUUAAGAAGAUGAUUCAUCAUACUCACACAUCACUAUGUAUGUAUGAAAAGUGACUUUUAAGCAAUGAUGUAAUGCAAUAAAGUUAUUAUACUUUGGAAUGUAA